CUAUGCAUUGAUGAGUCCCUGAUGUUAUGGAAAGGUAGGCUGGCGUUCCGUCAAUAUAUUCCCUCCAAAAGGCACAGGUUUGGAGUCAAGUUCUUUGUCAUGUGCGACGUGAAGACAGGAUUUGUCCAGGAUAUUAUAGUUUACACAGGGUCCACCACUGACAUCAAACAUUAUGAGGGGCUUGGGGUGUCCGGGUCCGUAGUGAUGACCAUGCUGGCUCCUCAUCUCGGCAAGGGACACACUUUGUACGUGGACAAUUGGUACAGCAGUCCCACACUCUUCCAGCAUCUGCUCUCCAACAGCACAGGGGCCUGUGGCACAGUCAGGUCGAACAGGAAGGGGAUGCCAGGAUUCGGAUGCAGGAAGAUGCAGAGAGGGGAGGUGGAGUUCCAGGAGAAUGGUCAACAGCUGGCAGUAAAGUGGCAUGACAAAAGAGAUGUCCAUGUCCUCUCCACUGUCCAUACAGCAACCAUGUCGGCCACAGGGAAGGUGGAUCACCUGACUGGAGUGAGAAAGAUCAAACCAGAUUGUGUGCUUGACUAUAACCUCAAAAUGGGGGCAGUGGAUAAGGCAGACAUGAUAAACAGCUUUGUGGAAUGCACUCGGAAAACAACCAAGUGGUUUAAGAAGAUAUUUUUCCAUCUGAUCGACACUGCUGCCCUCAAUGGCAGCAUAGUUCACCGCCAACUAACAGGUAAAGUAAUUACCUACCAAAAAUACAGAGAGAACCUAAUGAGAGAGCUGCUGGAGGAGCACCACACCCCUCGGCGCCCAUCCACUGGGGGUCGUCCUGCUGUAAACAAUCCCCUACGCCUCACUGCACGGCAUUUUCCCUGCAAAGUCCCUCAAACUGCUGCUCAAGGUAGUCGCACAAGGAGGCACUGCAAAGUCUGCCUGUCUGGCACUAGGAGAAAAAAGCAGAGGAAGAUGACAAAAUACAUAGGCGAAGGGCCCCUGAAGAACUCCUCUGAUGUCAUCAAGCCCACCAAGAAGACCGCAGAGGAUGGCUCAAGGAUGGACAAACUGCAACUAUGGUGGAUGGAUGUGUAA